CCGACCCAUAUGUGCACGUGUUCAAAAUGUCAUAAAGUGAUACAGGUGAACUACUGGGAGAGAUAAAGUAUAAUUCCAAUUCAGCUGUAUAUAAGUAUAAAAGAAAAAUGGGAAUAUAUUGAUUGCUUUAAGGAUGCGCUAUAACUUCUGGAUGUAAUUGGAUUUAUAUUUCAACUUGGACAUGACAACAUACAAGCAUGGAAUGUGUUUUGCUAUGAUAUAGUGUGUAUAACAGACAUCGCCGUGUCGGGUUGUAUGGACAGCCAAGGCUUGACAAUGGACGGCGGGUCCUUGGACCGGAAGAUGCAGAGGUCGAGUCUGUUCCAUAACUUGAAGUUGAAAAAACACAGACUGAAUUCUUUGAUGGGUAGCGGUGACAGCGUGAUGGGAUCGGACGGGGUUAUGUCCAGUUUUGAGUCGUCCGAGUUUGACCUUACCAGUCAACAUUCGUCAAGUGGCGAAAGUGACAGUGGUUACGGCAGUACCCGAGUAAGACGAAGGAAAAGGGUAAAAGGCCAGCUAUCUCACAAGGGUGAUAUCAAAGCCACAACACUUGUGAAGGAAGUGAAAAAGGAAAAUGAACCAAAGACAAUGGGAAAACAAUUACCUCAGUUUAGUUUUGCUUACUGUGGAUUUCCCCCAGAAAUGGUCAAUGCACAGAAUGCCGCACUUUCAGAUUAUAAAGACGAAAAUGGCCAUGGACGUGCAAGCGUUGGAUUUAUUCCAGUUUUGACUCACAUGGUUCCACAGUGUACCAGUGGUGCUGGGGAUAGCACAGGCAAGGAAGCACAGGACAAAACUCCAAAUGAAAUACCUACCGUUGAUACUGACGGAAUAAAACCCAUUAUUCUAACUCAGUUCCCACCAACGUUCAUAAUGACAGCUAAAGGCCCUGUGCCCGUCAUCAGUUCCUGUGGCCCUGGAGGGGUACCUCAGUUUCCGUUGCUAAACGUGAACAAUCCCGACCAGAAAAGGAUGGAGCAGUUUGUUCAAAUGUUCACACCUGAACAAUUGGCCGGGAUACAGGCGUCUCGGAAUCAACGGGACUGUCAAAGUCAUACAAACGCUUCAUAUACCCAAAACGAACAGCCGAACACGGCAGCUCAUGCUUACAGCUUCAUUGAACACUAUACAAACGGAAAGUUUGUGUACAAAGGGAUUCUGAAAAAGGAAGAUUGUGUGACGUCAGAAACUGAUCCUGUUCCCAUUGCAACGGUGUCACAAGCAUGCGCCGAUGACGAACUAGAGGAACAGCUUAUAUGUGCCAUCUGCAAUGAUCGAGCGACCGGUCUCCACUACGGCAUCAUUACAUGUGAAGGAUGUAAAGGGUUCUUCAAACGGACAGUCCAGAACAAACGAGUAUACAACUGUGUGGGCAGUGAGAACUGUGAGAUCAACAAGCUACAGCGAAAUAGGUGUCAGUUCUGUCGCUUCAAAAAGUGCCUACAGAUGGGAAUGGUCCUAGCAGCUGUACGAGAAGACAGGAUGCCUGGCGGACGAAACUCGGGGGCUGUGUACAAUCUAUAUAAGGUGAAGUACAAGAAACACAAGAAGAAAGAUCAAAUGGUCAAGUUGUUCAAAGAACAAGUCGCCCAGAUCAAGGUUGACGGUAGUGAUGGUAAGAUUGAGACGGAGAUGAUUACAGAACGGAAACGAAUGCCCGUGCCAUUCAGAGUCUCAUUCGACCAGCAAGGCGUGCCACAAAUUGUUCCAAGAGAACACAGAUCUCAUUUAAGGCCAGGCACCACACUCUCUAGUAACACAAAGUUUUCGACAUCACAGCAGAAAAUGUGGGAGUCGGAUAUGAAUAGCAGUUGUGGAUCCCAAGAAUCAGUCAUGUCGCAAAACACAUCGUACCCAUGUGCCUCUUACUAUACAAAUUCAAUGCGCAGCUCACAAGGACAAAUGGCCUUUUUUCAGAACUCUAGUCAUUUGAAUAACCAAGAAAAUCAGCGUUACGUUCCUCCGGAGUUGCUAGUGGAUCGGUCAAGCAUGACCAGUGAUCAACUCUACACACAUGAUUCGACUAGUGACAGGGAACAUGGAGAUCUGUGUCAAAGAAAUGAUCAACAAGACCAAUCAUCUUUUUUAGCUCCAGGACCUGUUCUUGCCAAGAAAUUUAACAGGACUAGCGACCACCUGAUCAGCUUACUGGAGUCGGGACUUCCUCCAAAAAUAAAGGAGGAUUUUCCACGCACUGAUUGUCGUGUUAUGUCAUGUGACCCAUCUGUUACAUCACAAGACAACCUCGUUGCAGACUUUCCAUUUUCUCAACCUAAAUGCGUGAAGGAGUCAGAUCUCGACCGAACAUCGACAGAUAACGUUGUCAGGGUAAAUACUCUACGUCAUUUGUUAAACACCAGGACUGCGUGUGAAAAUACCAGCACUGCCUAUUCUGUAUCGUCAAACGAUAGUAUGACAGAUGGAACAGAUAAAACCUCAUAUUCAAAGCCAAUGAGUAACACCUAUCGGAGAUACUGGAGCGACGAUAGGCUUACAUGUAAGUGUGACGAGAGUGAUUACAAACGCCGUACUGUGACGACAUCACGAUGUGAUCAACAACAAAGAAAUUCGUCAAAAGUGAAAAGUCGGGAUUUUUCGAUAACAAAACACAGCGAAACGAUAUGUGAUCAUAACAGAGCGAUAUCAGCUAUUGAAAAUAUGGAACAUGAAACUGAGAAAAUCCCAGUAAAGGAGUAUGUAUCGGAGCGAGAGUCGUCCAUAGGUUGUCAACGUUUGGUUUAUUCAACGACUGGUGACGUAACAGAAGGUUACUAUUCAUCAGCUCCUAUUACACAGCAAGAUUGCGAACAUAAGCGUCAUUUGCAUGAGAGCCAAUUUGUUGAGCGUCUCUUAGGGACGCCAAUUCAUAACCCGGUGGGGGAAUGUCACUCACUUGAAAACACGACACAUAGUUGUAAACCACACAGAUAUAUGUCAGAUAAUCUACUACAGGAGAACAACAGAGAAAGAGGCUAUUCACACGUAUCAGCUUUGAGUUUAGCACAGAACCGACCACCAAGUUCACAGUGCUAUCAACAGACUCGUUGCUCAUCAGAAACGUUGAAAGUGAAAGACUGUGGUGAAAGAGAAUAUAACUUUGCUCAAAAUCAUAUACAAGACCGAUAUGCUUUACAUCAACGCAAAACUAAUAUUGGUCGGAAUCAGCAAAUACCCAACCCGGGAACUCACGACUGUAGAAAGGACCAGCAGACCUCGCAGAUGGUCACUGCUCGGCAGCCGGUCACUGCGACUUACAGCGAUACCAAGGACAACCGUUCUUCACAUAUUGUGGAUAACCGUAUCAGUGCAUUAGAGGAAACAAUGAAAGUUUGGCCGUCAUGGCACGAACAACAUGAUGGAGUUCGGGAAUAUCAGUCAGGAGUUAGGAGGAAUAUCAAUAGACAGGCAACCGUAGGUUAUCAGACAGACCGACAGCUCAAUGAAACUCCAACAAGAAGUCCUUUGAGUAUUAGCCACCGCUGUGAACUGUUGACCGAUCAAAAUCGUUUCCAAGGUGACAAUGGAUCAAAGAAAAUAUUGAAAACACAAGAUGUGCUCUGUGAAAGAGAUAAUCUCCAAUACGAAUCGUAUCAACAUACCAGUAAGACAAUACAAGAAACAGAAAGUCAUGUGACCGAUGAUGAUGAAAUGUCAGACACGAGUCAUAGGUCGGAGAGGAACUUGCAAGAUGAUCACUCAAGGUCUGAUCGGACGGCAUCCGACAAAGUAAUAAACGAAUUCGGUUUUAGCGAACGACAUAAGCAAUUUACUUUGCAUCCUCUAGACAAGGAACUUUGUGGACCGGAAGUGCAUCGUCAGCUCAUUCAGGAACUCGUGAAUUGUAAUAAACUUUUGGAUAUUUCAGGUUCAUAUAAUUUCGACCAAUCUGAUUGGAUGCAUUCAGACUUGACAAGCAAUCUCUGUCGUCUCGGCGAUGAAAUUGUUGGAAAACUAGUGGAUUGGACAAGACACUUGCCCUUCUACAACGAGAUCCCACUUAACGUUCACUCCCAAAUGCUCACAAAUCGCUGGCACGAACUUCUGGUGUUGAUAACAACCGCUCAUCGAGCACUCAUUAUCCAAGAGCACAUCCCCUCGACUGAAGUGACGUAUACAAGCUUGCUGAAUUUUAACAUGCUAAAGCUGGAGAAAUACCUGUCUAGGAUGUACAAGGAACCUGUCAAUCUGGACAAACUGAAAGUCCAGAAUGUCAUGGAACGAAUGGCCAUGACUAUGUUCAGCUUUCUUCAGAUGCGGCUCGGACUCCGGGAGCUUCUGUCGCUACAAAUAAUCCUCCUUCUUAGUCAAAAUGAAUCGAUAAAUUGUGCUCAAAUUGAAAGCAUACAGGAUAGGUACACAAGAGCUUUGGAGUGGUAUGUAACAACCAUAUAUCCACAUGAUCCUACCAGACUUAGACAGCUCCUGGUAAGACUACCGGAGAUCCAAACGACAUCAAGACUGCUUUUGAAGAGCAAGAUGAUCUACAUUCCAUUCUUCCUCAAUUCGUAAAGUAGAUUUUUUUCUCGAAUCUUGAAUAGCAAUGUGGUUUUGACAGUCCUUAUUGUAAUACCGGAAGUGACGUUUGGGAAUACGUAACAUUGCAUGACGUGUUGUCACGGAGUUUGUUAAUCAACUACUGAUGCUAAGCUGAAGUUCGCUAUAGCUAGAGAAACUGUAACACUAUCAGUUCACAAAUGGAUUAACUGUGAGACAACUAGAUUAACUAACUGUGAGACAAAUGGAUUAGCUGUGAGACAAAAAGAUUAACUGUGAGACAAAUAGAUUAACUGUGAGACAAAUAGAUUAGCUGUGAGACAAAUAGAUUAACUGUGAGACAAAUGGACAAAUAAAUUAACUGUGAGACAAAUGGACAAAUAGAUUAACUGUGAGACAAAUGGACAAAUGGAUUAACUGUGAGACAAAUGGACAAAUGGAUUAACUGUGAGACAAAUAGAUUAACUGUGAGACAAAUGGAUUUGCUGUGAGACAAAUGGACAAAUGGAUUAGCUGUGAGACAAAUGGAUUAACUGUGAGACAAAUGGAUUAGCUAGGAGAUGGAUGGACAAAUAGAUUAGCUGUGAGACAAAUUGACAAAUGGAUUCACUGUGAUACAAAUGGAUUAUGAACAAGUGGAUUAACUAUGAGACAAAUGGAUGAGCUGCUGUGAGACAAAAUACUUUAUACUGAUGGAGAGAUGGGUGGAGAGAGGUUUGUUUGGGACUGAUGGAGAGAUGGGUGGAGAGAGGUUUGUUUGGGAUUGAUGGAGAGAUGGGUGGAGAGAGGUUUGUUUGGGACUGAUGGAGAGAUGGGUGGAGCGAAGUUUGUUUUGGACUGUGAUAAUUUUGAUGAUACAAUCAUAUUUGUUAUUGUUUGUUAUAAUCAAUUUGUUUGUAAAGCCCAUAUAGAUAAUGCCACACAGGUGUCUUGUCGGUCUUUAAUUCCAAGUCUUUAUAGCUGUAUUUAUAUUAUAUUUUCUGUACAAUAUCAAUCUGUACAAAGACAUAUAUUUUUACAAUUAUAUGUUGAAGCGACAUGUCCGCAUACUCUAUUUCAAACUUUCUCGGAAAUGAAUUCAUUUAAAAGGUUUAAACUCCUAACGAAUAAAUCUUACAAUAUUUCACGAAAAAAUAAUCCUUAUUAUUGAUGGGGAUCCCAAAAUUAAUAACAACACAAAUCGCCUAAAUAUGUAAAGCGAACAAAAUGAUCUAUAAGAAAUGCAGAAAUGUCGGUAUAGGUUGUAGGUACAUUAUGUAUGGUGUCUUCAAUUUUCUUAUUUGAUUGACUUGCUAUGUUGUAAUUUAGCAAACUGAUAAUCAUUUGUCGUAUAUGAUUGGUUAUAACAAAACAUAAAAUGAUAAAUAGUACUAUUUAAGAAAAUGUGUCCGGCCGUCUUCUGACAGUAAUAUUGUAAACUUGUACACAGUGCUGAUAUAUACAUGGAUACUCGUGUUAAAAUAAGGCUUCAGGGUGUUCAUUUAUGAUUUUCGUUGGAUGUUGAGAUAUGAUAUAUUUGCCCAUGGUGAAAUAUAUCCACAACUCUUACAAUCCAGACCAUUUACUCCCAUGAUGCAUCAGCUGGCCAUUUUAUGUAAAUAUGUUUUGAUCUUGGCACUAAGGAAUACAGUGUUGUCAUGAGAUAUAUAAGUUAAGUCAUCACUGCACAUGUAUCUAUGUAUAGCUGUUUACAGUAAACCCAUUGUUAUUAGAGGAUGGUGUUGAUAAUACUACACGUUGACAAGCUACAGUAUGGUAGUCCGGCACAGCUGUGUACUACUGUGUACUAACGUUGUGAAUAUAUUUUAAAUAUUCCAUCAAGUAUAUUAUAAUAUUUAUUAAACUAAUCACUUAACAUGAUAUAUGGAAGCCUCUAUGUAAAUUCUUAGUUAUCAUUGUGCAGCCAGCGCAGUCUUUUAUACUCAAGAAUAUCAAUUUUCCAUGUUGAAUUAGUAUAGUGUGUCGUCUUAGUUCUGUAUUUAUCAGUCCGUCCCUUCAUUGUCCAUUUAAAGACCACUUAUCGGAAACGGCUACAGAAUUUUGACCAAGAUAUUUUUCGACUUUUAACUUUUAAGUUUUAUUUAUUUAUUUAUAUAUUACAGAUACUC